AUGGAACUACAUCUCGCGCCUUACGGCGCGUCCAUGGCCAUCGGCCAAGGAUACAACUCCUACACGCAAGAGACACGCCUCCGAAAUGCCGUAGUCGUUGCAAAAGAACCCCCUGCCCAGGGGAAUCUGUCCGACCACCAUGUGCACCGAUGGCUCAACCACGACCCGGAGACCACGACCGAUAGCUAUUCCAUCAUGACGCCUCCGACCGAACAGCCGAAUAUGAGCGACUGCUAUGGGAAUAUUGAUACAAACUUGCAAGAGAAUGAGAGCACCGCUGGCCUGACAUAUGCGCCCUCUCAGCGAGGCUUUGCCAACGAGGGUGGCGACCAGGACUCAGAGCUGGUAACUUCUUACACCUCUCGGUUCGUGCAUGAACUGCGGGAGAUUGCUGCAGAUCUAAACAUCACGGGCGCUGCUGCGAUAAGAUCUGGUUCUAUUCGCCAUCCAUUAUACCCACCAUUCGUCGAUCUCGAUCAGUUCCAAGCAGCCGAUGCCAAUUACUUCGUCCACGUCAAAUCCACUAAGCCGUCAACUCCACCCAAAGGUCCAUUUGUCUUCGUGAAUCAUAUCCGUGUUGAUGACAAAAACUUCGUAAGAGUUUAUGGCGACUGCUUUAUCUCCGGAUUCCUUGAAGGCACUGAAUAUAAAAUGCUGGUCAGUGUGACUUCACUAAGCAAUGACAAGAGGGACGCCGUUCGUGCAGCGGCAAGACUCGUAAUUGGAAAGCAAACUGUCAAAGAUGAGGAAGAUGAAAACACACGUGCUGCAUGGCAGAUACUAUCCGAGCACGCGACUGUCUCAAUUCGAGGGAAUUGGUCCGACAAUGAACAUACUUAUAGUCCUCAAGGUCAAUUUACGCAAAACGAUAUUUUGCUGAAAACAGCAAUGAGACCUCCGGCAGCCACAGGACCCCCGAGGAGACUCUACGCCAUUCUCACAAAAUAUGAGACAUUGGACAGUUUCCACUUCCACAAGCCAACAUACAAGCCAAUUCCAUACGAAAUUGCCAUGGACUAUACCUACACGCUCCUGGACGCGUAUGCGAGUUACAAGAACAUAUACCAGAAGCUUUCAGCCGAGGUACGGGAAGUCCAGGCGGGCACAAAGAUAUAUGAGCAGCAUGGCAUGGAAACUACAGAGUCAACGGCUCUCGCACGGAUAGAUGAUGAGCGCAUGUUUGCUCCUAGUAUCACAGGGGUCGAACUGGCUCGACAGGCAUGCCGUGUUCAGAUGAGCAAAAUCCGCAAAGAUGUUGAUGCGAUUGCUAAAAACCCGAUGCUCGCCAUGGACGAGAAUGUUGCCGUGUACCAGAGCCCUGCGGUCUUUAGCAGUCGUCUUCCAAAGGCCCAGAGCUUGCAUAGUACACUCAGAACGGAGAAAAUUCAGCCUCGUCGGAGAGUUGAUAUCGGAGAAACAAAAUCUUUAAGAGAAACGUCCGCCGACGCCCAAUCCUUAAUGUGUGGAAUCUGGGAUACUCGCGAGGUCCACGACUGGACGGCCCCCGUACCUCGUACAUCUUCGGUUGUGCCUUUUGAGCCAGAUCCCAGUCAGCCCAUCCCAGCCAUCAUGCUCGGUAUGAAACACAUCGAUACUUGUUAUCAUGAAGGAAAUAUGCGUUUCCAUGCAAGUGCGGAAUCUGUCACGUUUAGAGAGUUUACCAUAAGCGUUGACCAGUGGGCUGGAUCUAGGUUUUAUGGGGGAGAGGUUUCGUGGCUCGGUGUGCCUUCAAAAUACUCGAGCUUUGAGACCGGCAAGAUCGAAUCCCGGGUAAUAGGAGCGCGGCAGGUCAAGUUCUCCCGACCUUUUGCGAAGCCUCCAAGCGUGCUGGUGUGGAUUAAUGGCCUGGAUAUUAAGGAAACUGGGGGUUUCCAGGUAAGAGCUAGAGCCACGGGUGUCACAACGGAGAGUUUCUCUGUCUCCGUCGACUGUGGGGGCAAAUCAAAUCUCCGAUGGAUGUGCCUUUCGUGGCUCGCUUUCUCUGAAGAAUCAGGUUGCGUCAUGGGUACCUACGGCUUCGAAGGUAACAACCAACAGAAGGAGGUAAAAGGAUCGUGCAGCUUUCCAAAGGGAAAGUUUUCGAAGCCGCCUGUGGUUAUCGAUGCUCUCUGUCGCUUCCAUGUUCCAAGCCACAUAAACCCUCGCCUUGCUUGCGGUACCUGGGACGUCACUGAAGAAGGCUUCAACUGGUGCACGUCUUCAUGGGGUGAUAGUAGGGUUCUUGCUGCGACUUUGCAGUGGAUAGCAAUUCCAUCGGAGUAA